AGAUAAUUUCAUUCUAAUUUUUUACUGGCCCUUAAUUACCUAAAUUUCAGACUCCAUCCCUAAACUUCCUUCAAAAUGAUCCCUGUUCAUGAGCAAAAAAAUUUAUUCAAAAAUAGCAAGUCGAUUAACCAAUUAAGAGUCACCACAAAAUGAAAAAAAUUUAAUUUUUAUUAAUUAGACACCAUUUAAAUGGACUAGACACAACAAGUUCAUCAAUAUAGCAAAGGAGAUCGUUCUAUCACCUAACUAUGUGAUGAAUCCGACGACAACUCCUUGGUUUAUCUUCGCAACUCUAUCAUAUAAGAUGUUUUUUGUUUGUUGGAAUUGGAUCUUGGACUUAUGGCUCAAAUCCCAAGAAACGUUGAAUUGUCUUAAAAUCCCUAAAUUGUUUCUUAUUUGCUUGAUGGGUGCCAAAUUCGUGGCGUCCACAAAAUUGGAUUUUUUUUGGAUUCAAAUCCAUGGGUCCCGCAAACUUGUAAAACACACACCACCCUUUAAACUUUGGCUAGAGCCUAGAGGACCAAAUCCUUGAGGAUCAAUUGCUUUAUUUUCCAUCUAAUUAUUAAUUAUCGUAACUCAAUCCUUGUUGUUGAAGCUAGUUAUGUUGAUUAUAUGCACGAGAGAUGAUAAUAAUUUCGAGCAGGGAGAACAUUAAGUUCUACUAGUUUCUCUACUGAGGUGUACUAAUGAUAAUGAUGUAAGAACUCUCUUUAUUUGAUGAGAGGUAUGCUUUAUUUAUUUUCUACAUACAUGGUGGUUUUAAAAUUUUGUGUCUAUGUUUGUGAUUACUUUUGAUAAUUAAGAUGUUUGAAAUUACAAUGUUUUGUUAUGUGAUGGUUGGUGAUUUGCUACAGAUUUUCCACUUGCCAUACAUUGAGUUUCGAGAAACUCUAUAUAGGUAGGCGAUUAUGGAGUUCUCUAUUCAAUCUUUAGUCCAGAUGACCAAAUUAAUUGCGAAUUACACACUAGUUUCAGUAUAUGAAACGAUCCAAAUUGUUUUGCCACCAUAUACAUAAUAUAACAAAUUAAGUACGGAUAGUAAGGUCAAUUACCUUUAAUCUGAUAAAUCCCUAACUUAAUAAAUCCAACAAGCAAACAACAAACUUUUGAAAUUCAUAACGGAAAAAAUGCAUCAUAAAUUCUUGAUUUUUCAAAAGAUUGAUUUUAACCAUCCUCAAUUUUCAAAUAUAGCAAGAAACAAUCCCGAAACUAUUUAGUCUACCAGCCACUAAAAUAAAGAAAAAAAUCAAACAAAAAAAUCAUCAAAUGGUACAAAUGUAUUUUGUUGACUUAUUUUGUUCCUUUGGAUUUUAUCUUUUUCCAACAAAAAAAAAACAGAAAACAAAAUCAGUGAAAAGUUCCACAAUAUUGAUAGGAAAUAGUCGUAUCUAUAUCAUCACACUGUUGAACCGAAAUCAUGAGUCUUAUUAUUAUCCCAAAGAUCACGCAGCUUCCCACUCUACUGCCUUUUCUGUUCAUUCCGCAACACGAGAAGAGAGGGAGCUGAAAAAGAAAAAAGGAAAAAGAUAUAAUAUAAUAAUACUAUUACAACAGAUCGCAAGAAAGUGGAUUUCAGAAUCCCGAUCGUAUAAUAGUAAGAGCUGGAAAUGUUACAAAAAAUAAAAAAAGGUUUUAUACAGAGAAAAAUAAAACAAACAAAUGGAGGGAGACAGAGACAGAGGGAAAGGUGGGAGAGAGCAGAUUUCAAAGAUUUGCUAGAGAGAGAGAGAGAGAGAGAGAGAGAGAGAGAGAGAGAGACACCCUCCUCAAAGAUUUGAUUUGGAGAGAGUGGACAGAGACACCUACCUUCACAUUUCCGCCCUCUUCCUUCCUUCCUUUAUAUUCCAUUCUCCUCUCGCUGUUAAUCCAAAAGCCUUUUUACAGCCGCACAGUUUUCCGACGAGAAGUGUUGCUCUUUCAGCUACUGAAAGAAAAAAAAGCGCAAUCGCUGCUAUGGCUAGGAACGGCGUCGUCGCUUCUCAACGUUGGAGGUCGGACGGAGAGAUUUCCUCCCAGCAGCAGCCAGCUCAUGAUUCGGCUGCCAAGGAGGUUCAUGUUCUAGCCGUCGAUGAUAGCCUUAUUGAUCGGAAAGUCAUUGAGCGUCUGCUCCGUAAUUCUUCUUACAAAGUCACGGCGGUUGACAGCGGAAUAAGAGCUCUGCAGUUCCUUGGAUUGGACGGAGAAGAGAAGAAGACCUCCUCCAUUGGCGCUUUUGAUAGCUUGAAAAUCAAGGUGGAUCUGAUUAUCACCGAUUACUGCAUGCCGGAGAUGACCGGCUACGACUUGCUCAAGAAAAUCAAGGGAUCGUCCACUCUAAGAGAGAUCCCGGUGGUGAUAAUGUCUUCGGAAAACGUCGUGACUCGAAUCGACCGUUGUUUGGAGGAAGGGGCGGAAGAUUUCAUUGUAAAGCCGGUGAAGGCGUCGGAUGUCGAACGGCUCCGAGGCUACAUGGAGACGACGAGCGAGCCGAGCGUGCGAGUCAACAAGAGAAAGCAACGGGAAAGUUGUGAGAGUUGCAACUGUCUCUCGACUGCCUCUUCCACGUCAUCAUCCCCUAUCUCUUCCUCCUCGCCAUCUCCGUCGCCGUCGCCACCGCCUACAUCGAUGUCGUCGUCGUCGCCAUCUUCGACACCAAUGUCGAUGUCAGUGCCGUCAUCUCCCUCGCCGUCGCAGUCUCCAUCCCCAGCGACCGCCUCCGCGCCGUGCUCCCCGUCGCUGCUGGACUCGCCGACCAGACGGCUGAAAAUGAGCAGCCCACAGGAGGAGUAGACACCAGCGAGGAAGAAAGAAGAGCACAUAUUAAAAGUGGUGGUAAAGUCUAAAACGACCACAGGCCCACGGAAAAUUUGCUUUUCUGAAAAAAAAAUAAAAAAUUGUACUGUAUCUACGGUUUAAUCAAUAGGCUACAUUUAGUGGUACGCAACAAUUGAAUCACAAUUAACCUUCUAUACAGUUUUACAAUCCUUACUUUUUCGGUUCAUCAUCUAAUCAGUUUGCAACAGUUUUACAAUCCUCUCAACUCUCUCUUGUCGCUAGCAGAGGAAGGUAAAGGCGUCAAAGCGGGAAAUAACAAUUUUUGUCUAUCAAAGAAAGUUAUCAUUCUUCCAUCCCUCUCGCUACUGUACCGUCAAAGGAAUUUCUGUAAUAUAUCACCGGUUUGAAGCUUGGCUUUGAAAUGGUCAAAAUGAGACGUGGGUGGGAAUGGGGUGGAAUCACAAUCAAAUCGUGGAGAUAUGGUAUGAUACUUUGUCUGGGGAGGAGAAUAUUUUUGGCCACCCCUCUAAAACGACAAUAUCGGAAUCAAUAAUUGGCCACCCCUCUAAAACGACAAUAAGAUCCAUAACGAAAUAGGUAAAGCGUGUUCUUGCGUUUUAGAAAAAAAGAAAAGAUGCAGUAGGAAAACGUGGCUUCCCCAACUAACAUCCAACACAGUUUAGCUGUGACCCCAUUACCCGGCUGGAUUUCUAUUUCAACACUAGUUUAUUAUUCUUCUCUCGCGAUUCACAUUCAGCUCCACAAUUCACAGCAGUAGAGAUGCAUGAACCAAACAAAGUCCUCGUACAAACAACAGCACAUGCAUGUGUACAUUAAAAAAACCCUUGUUUCGGAUCUGUUUCAGCCACAACAUAUUCUGUUUGUCACAAAGAAGGGAUACCAAAGGAUAUCAUAUGUUGCGGUUUUGAUCUUUGAUACAUGUCUUCAAUGCAGUCAAAUCGCGUUUUAAAACUUAAAAACUUACGAUUUUACGCUUUUAGGUCACCAAAAUGCUUUCGUUUACAUAUAAAAACUUCAGUAUAUAAAAUCGGACUAAAUUGCGCUUUAAAGCUUAAAAGCUUACGGUUUUACGCUUCUAGUUCUCCAAAACGCUUUAUGUUUUUACGCUUUUAGUUCACUAAAUGAGUAUUCUUUUCAUGAAACUAAUUAUAAAAAGUAUAUUUUAAAAGUAAAUCACCAGCACUAUGAUACAUUUGAGAUUAAAAGAUACAUAUAAGGUACUUGUAUGCAUUCUCAACUUCGAUAGAGUAAUCUAAUUCACCCGUUAGGCUUUUCCCAAAUUCAUUAGAAUAGUGGGAAAAGUGGCUUAUUGUUAAAAUUUAUGUUUACAAACUUAUAUUAACGUAAUUUAUGUUGUUGUAGGUACGGAUCUUGGGCACUUAUAUUAACGUAAUUUAGAUUUGUUGAGAAGAGAAUUAGGCAGAACUGAAUGAUUUAGGAUUGGGGAUUAGGGUCCUUGAAAAUAGUCUACAUGAAAGAGGGACAAUUCUAACGAAACUUAGAUAGGUUUUUCAUUGAUUUCCCCUGACGAUAGAAGUAAAGUGCAUUAUAUAGACUCUGACACGAAAUCCUAAUCGACUGAACCUAAUAAAAUACUAAACUACCCUUAAACCCCUGAUCGUACCCUCAACACACACCAUCCACCAUUGUUGACGGAUACAGACUCAGGCGGACCCCUGUUCUCUCCCAUUCUACGUCGAAGCUGCAGCAUUGCCUUUCACCUUCUGUUCGUCCAUAGUCGCAAGGCCCACGGAUUUGAACAAUAUUGUACACCUUUUCAUGCUACGAAUGCUAAGCAAUAUGAGGGUAACAAAAUCUUUUAGCCUUCCAUUUUAGUGAUGUGAAGAUGUGAUGCUGACCGAAUCCAGUUGGACCGGGUUUGACGAUUAGGAGACGGAAAAGUAAAUAGAGGAGUUGUAUUUUAUAGUAGAAGAGUAGAUUUGAUGUGAUUGAAAGUAUAGAGACAUAUUUGAGAAAAUAAAAAGUUAAGAAGUACAUAUAACUCAAUAAAUAAGGACUUUUACUUUUUGCACAAUUUCACAGCCAUUGCGAGUCUAUCUUAAUUCGAGAUACAUAUUCAAUCGAUACUUUCCAACUUGUUGCAUUGUCAUUACCAGAUAGAUAUAAUAUGAUAAAGAAAUAUAUGAACAGAACGAACUAUCCAAGAUCAAGUUUCUAUUCCGUUAAACCUAGCUUAGACUAAAUUUUCCCUAGAUAAGUUGAUCUUGUUAGCCAUAUAUGUUCAAAGUAGUAGUCAGUCACUGAAGAAAUGAUAACGAUUUCAAGGUUACAAGAGUUCACCAAACAGUAAUAGAAACGGUCUCAUAUUCAACUAACUUCAAGGGAAAAAGCAAAAUAGACACUCAACUCUUAACCAAUAGCAUAUAGUAAUCGAUAUGUUGUCCUAACCACCAUUAACUAACCUAAAAAUUGAAACUUUGUGGGUAUCCUCCAGCCAACACAUCGAAAAGUAAUUGAGCACUAAAGGCAUGAUGGUGCAACUCUCUUCGUGAUCACAGACUUGUACGCUUUGCAGCCGAAAAAAGGGUGAUCUUUCUAUUCAUAAGUAAACCACGUUUGACAUAGAGCCUCCAGAAAAACAAAACUCAUCUUUACACACCAAUCAACGACCUCAACCCUAGUCUUGCCCUAAUAAACUUCCAUUUGCACC